UUUGUGGUGUGUGUACUAGCUGUAGGAAGGUGGGAUGGUAGACGCAACCGUCCGGUCCCAGACGCCGUCUGGCUGGAGCAACACCGACGCGCCUUGCCCUUCGUCAUCAAACGAGAGAACGAACGAGGAGCCGCCGCACCUAGACUUAUAAAGUUGGGUGAGGGCGUGGAGAUACGCGAGGAGCUGUUGCGCGGCGUGAAGUGGGGCGACUACCGCAAGGUGACGCGCGGGCUGGCGGCGGCGCUGUUCUCGCCCAUCGAGCUGGCGACGUGCUCGGUGACGGGGCAGCGCUGGUCGCGCGCGGGGCAGGAGUCGCGCCCCACCAAGCCGCCGCUGGACCGGCGCCGCGUGCACGCGCUCAUCUCCUACGUCAGCCGACACUUCCCCGACGUCGAGGUCAGCAGGAUCAAGCAGGUGCUCGCCUACAAGUGCAAGGAGAACUGCGCCGCGCUCAGGAUGAGGACCGCCAGGCUGUCGAACUGUUUCAGCGAUUCGACCAAUUACUUGCUGAGCGCGGCCGCGCGGCCUCCUCCCUGCGACGUCGACGCGCCCGGCGGGAGUGCGCGCUCCUCCUACUCUAACUACGAUGCCUCGAAAGGCCCAGGCGGAGGAGGCGCGGGGUCUGGCGCGGGCGAGUACUCGCGGGGCGCGGGGGCGGGGGGCGCGGGCGCGGAGGAGGAUGGCGAAGCGCAGUGAUGGUCGCGGUGUUGCAUAUCAAUUUCAUAAUCUUGUUAUUUUUUACCAAAAAAAGAAGAGAAAAUAAAGAUACUCGUCGCUCUCGAGGCGCGUUCGUAGGUCGCGGCGCGCCGGCUCGGUCGCGGACGGGCUCCCGUCGAUCGUUUGGAAAGAUUUAUAUUUAUUUGCGCGGCGACGCGACCACGAACGACGACGGUGAGUUGCCCGUGUAAAAUAUUCAUAUUUAUUUAGGUGAUAUUUUUCUAUUGGCUACUGAUAAGAUUUUAUCUCGUUAUGUAUCUGCCGGCCGCGCCGGGGAUGCAUUGUCGUUUGUAAGGAAGGGGAGUGGAGUCGUGCCCGAAGCUCUAGCAAUAAUUUAUCAGGUUCCUAAGACAUGUUUUGUAGUUAGAUUCUAUUUGCACCAAUUUUCGCAAACACUGCCGCUUUAUUUCUAAAUUUUUUACCCGACUGCCAAAGAAGGAGGGUAAUGUUUUUCGAGUGUAUGUAAGUAUGUAUGUAUGU